AGCCACUUCGGCUCAAGCCAUACUCGCCGGGGGCUCUGAUUGCUCGCCGCCGUGAUUUCGUUCCACUGCACCUUUCUAAUACUUUCAGCAUCCCGCAACGCAGUGCGCUGCCGCACUGGUGCAAUGGUACCCUUUCGGCUCACCGUCCUGCUCGUCACCGCUGCCGUGCCUGCUGUGGCUCUGAAGGCAGAGGCAAGCGUCGACCUCGAGGCACUCCUCGACAUCGCAAUCCACCGCAGCGGGAAAUCCGAUGGGGCUCAAACGGGCGCCACUGAGGUGGAGUCCCUGGGAGAAGGCUCGGAUGCGUCGGUGACGCUCUCUCCGCAGGAGCGCGCCGCCCUGCAUGCCUCCAAGUUCGAGAAGGAGUUCGUGGUGGCCCUCGACGUGUCUGAGGCCCAUAAAAAGUCCGUCGGCGUCGUGCUGAACCUGGACACUGAUUACGAGCCCGUUUCUGUCAGGAAAAUCCGAAAGACGGGCAUCCUCGAAGCUUGGAACAAGCUCCAUCCAGACAAGGCGAUUUUGGUCGGCGACGAAAUCAUGAAGGUGAACGAUAUCAUGUGGCAUCAUAAUUCAGGAACGUUUGCAAAGCGCAUCCAGGGCCAGUUUUUGGCAUCCAGGGGCCGUGUGCCUGGCGCAAGGAACACCUUGACUUUAAUUAUCCAGCGCCCCAGGAAGAAGCAGGAGCAUCGUGAGCAAUCGCAACGCGAAGAUCUGCACAGACAGUUGUAUUCGAAAGAGUUCGUGGCUGAGAUUCCUCUCAAAGGUGUGCUUCCUGAUGAUUCACUCAACCAGGCGAUGGGAUGGAAGUUGA